AUGGCCUCGACGAUCGCGAUCAUCGUCAAGGCCACCGCAGACGCCCGGCAGCAGCUCGACUCGCCGACGAAAGGAGCGUCCUGCGAAGAUGGCUGCACGGCCGUCAGCGACGAGACCACGAGCGUCCCCUGUGCGCUGCGCAUGACGGCGAUAGGCCCCAAGGGUGCGGCGACGGACGAGAUUGAGCGCCUCGAUUGGUUCACCUUCUUGAGCGACCUGGACUUGGCGACGAACACGUACACGCUCCAGCUCGUGAACUGCGCGCCGGGCUUCUACGUCCUGUACCCGUUCCAGCUGACGAUCCGGCGUGACGCUCACCCGCCCGUCAUUGGCGAAUUUGUCCUCGGCUAUGCCAACACGACCCGCGGGAACGCUACGUUCAGCGACUACAGCCAUCGGCUUCCAUGGCUCGACUCCAUGGUGCUGCCCCUGGAUUGGGUCUAUCUUGCCAUCGUACUGGGCAUAUUGGGCGCCGCGUCCAUGCUCUGGUUCGUGCUGCAGCGGCAGCGCUACGUGCCGGAAAGCGUCAACAUGACCUCCGCGUCGCACCGCAUUGCGCCCGUCGUCAACGCUGGCGGCGCGAUAGCACGACCCGAUGCAUCGAGCGACAAGAUCAAGAUCAUUCCGCUCUCGGACACGGCGUCGCUAAAAGCACCCAUGGGUCUCUGGACGCGCAUGGAAGAGUUCAGCACUCAUGAACAAGGCGUAGGCGCACGCAUGUGCGAUCCUGGGGAUGACGACGAGCCUCUCCUCGUUCCCGUCUUUUCGGACCAAGAUGACGUGGCGUGGCGAGAGUUCUUUGAUUUGCACAUCUACCGAACAGAAGCGCCCCGAUCGACCGAGCUGGAUGCGGCAGCAACGUCGGUUCUCACCGAGAUCGAACAACGAGUGCAACGAACGCGGUCAUCGGAGCUUGGCGCGGGCUCCGGCCGUUCUCGCCUCGCUGGGCCCGUCAGCGCUGGGAGCGGGGUCGGCGCGCAAGACCUUUAA